CAGAUUGAUAUUUGAAACCUUGCAAAUGUGAAUAUUCAUGAGAUAAUCAGUUGAUUGUGUUUCAGGUUGGAAUGGAAGUGGCUCCUAAUGUGAAAGAAAGUCUCAACCGGAACUUUUUUGACUUCUUGCUUACAUUUAAGCUGCCUUCCCAGAUUCACAGUGACACAGUGCAAAAUCAGCUGGCUGUUCAGGCUGUAGAGAUUCCAGUUUACCUCACACUGUAUUCUCCUGCCAUUGACUGGAUGUUACGCUGCAUUGCAUAUCGUGCUCCAGAGACGCUGUUAACAGAAAUGAAGGAACGCUGCAAGAAGCAAGGGAACAACAUCUACUAUUUCGCUCACUUGGAUUAAACCUGGCUUUGGCUGACCCUCCUGAGAAUGACAGACUUCAGAUUUUAAACGAAGCUUGGAAAGUCAUCACUAAGUUAAGAAAUCCACAGGAUUACAUUAACUGUGCAGAAGUUUGGGUUGAGUACACAUGCAGGCAUUUUACGAAUGAAUACUAUUGGGACAGGUGAAUACUAUUCUGGCAGAUAUAAUUAAGCACUUGACUCCAGAUCGU